AUGGCUCAGGGCGUGGGGAGCAUCAACAGCGAUGACAAGGAUUGGGAGUGGAGCACCGACGCCGGGGAGCGGGCCAGGCUCCUGCAGAGCCCCAGCGUGGAGACGGUGCCGAAGGGCGGGGAGAGCCAGGGCAACGGGCCGGGGGCCACGUCGGCUCUGGGAGCUGUCUUCAUCGUGGUCAACGCCGCCCUUGGCGCCGGGCUGCUCAACUUCCCCGCUGCCUUCAGCAUGGCCGGCGGCGGGGCACUGCAGAUGUGUAUGGUGAUCUUCAUCAUUGGAGGCUUGGUCAUCCUGGCGUACUGCUCGCAGGCCAGCAACGAGCGGACCUACCAGGAGGUGGUGUGGGCGGUCUGCGGGAAGGUGCCGGGCGUGCUCUGCGAGGUGGCCAUCGCUGUCUACACCUUCGGCACCUGCAUCGCUUUCCUCAUCAUCAUCGGGGACCAGGAGGACAAGAUCAUUGCUGCUCUGGUGACGGAGCCCAAGGAAGCUGGGAGCAGCCACUGGUACACAGACCGCAAGUUCACCAUCAGCAUCACUGCCUUCCUCCUCAUCCUGCCCCUCUCCAUCCCCAAGGAGAUUGGCUUCCAGAAAUAUGCCAGCUCCCUAAGCGUGAUUGGCACCUGGUAUGUCACAGCAGUCAUUAUCAUAAAGUACAUCUGGCCUGACAAGGAGCUGGUGCCUGUGGAGAUCCCCACUAGCCCCUCCACCUGGACGGCUGUCUUCAAUGCCGUGCCCACCAUCUGCUUUGGGUUCCAGUGCCACGUGAGCAGCGUGCCCGUCUUCAACAGCAUGAAGCAGCCCGAGGUGAAGACCUGGGGGGCAGUGGUGACAGCAGCCAUGGUGAUCGCUCUCUUCGUCUACACGGGCACCGGCGUCUGCGGCUUCCUGACCUUUGGGGCCGGCGUGGAGCAGGACGUCUUGCUGUCCUACCCCUCCAACGACAUCCCCGUCGCCCUCGCCCGGGCCUUCAUCAUCCUCUGCGUGCUGACAUCCUACCCCAUCCUGCACUUCUGCGGCCGGGCUGUCCUAGAGGGUCUCUGGCUCCGCUACACCGGGGUGACGGUGGAGGAGGACGUGGUUCGGGAGCGGAGGAGGCGCCUGCUCCAGACCAUCAGCUGGUUCCUCCUGACUCUCCUCCUGGCUCUCUUCAUCCCUGACAUUGGCAAAGUCAUCUCUGUCAUCGGGGGCUUGGCCGCCUGCUUCAUCUUUGUCUUCCCAGGGCUGUGCCUGAUUCAAGCCAAGCUCUCUGAGAUCCAAGAAACCAGGGCAAUCAGUUGGUGGGCCCAGGUCAGCUACGGGGUGUUCAUGGUCACCCUGGGAGCCUUCAUCUUUGGACAGACCACCGCCAACGCCAUCUUCGUGGAUCUCACAGCCUGA